UUCUAAAAGUAAUGCCAUUGUCUCUUUGGUCAUCAGAAACGGUUACAAAAUAUCAAAAUGAAAACCGUUAAAAAUUUAAAAAAUGUAAAACCCAUCAAAAUCAAUGCAGCAAAAUGUGCGCACGAUAAAAAGGAAGUAGGAUCUAUCAAUAAAAUGUGCCUAUCACCAAAAUUAAAGAAUUUUCGAAAUACCCUGGUAGAUUUUUUGAAAAAUACUGGAAUGAUUGGCUGUGCUAAUUACGUGGCUCCAGGCAGGCAUCCUGUCGAAAGAUACAUAUGGGCAUUAAUACAUGUAAUCGCUAUUAUGAGCACGAUUUAUGUUAUCAUUGACACUACCGUUGACUUUGCUGAUACUUCUCCAGUGACAUCAGUAGAAUCCUAUAAUUAUCCUGUCCAAGAUGUUGAAUUUCCCGGUAUUAGUGUUUGCGCGAUUAACAAAAUCAGUUAUGCGGCUGCUUGGGAUUUUGCCACGGAAUUAGAACAAAUACCUUCCACGCGAGCAAUGAAUUUAACUCGCAAUGAUAUAAUGAAGAUGUUACCCGUUCUUGGACGUCUUUAUCAAUUCGAUAUAGAACCUCAGGAAGAAAAAAUUUCUCGUAAAUUGCAUCACCUUCUACAAGCAGCGUACAAAAUAUAUGAUGUUAAUUUAAUAAUGUCAAAGCUCGCGCCCAAAUGUCGUAAUAUAAUGACACAUUGCUUUUGGUCUGGCAAGGAACAAUUUUACGAGGACAUUAUAUUCCUUAGAAAGACGCAGGAUGGUUAUUGUUGUACCUUCAACUAUGUAAGAGUCACUGACUAUUUUGGCAAGACAAAGAACCAACACCAAUUUGACAGUUCAGCUGUGCAUCCGCAAGUUAUCGGUUCUUCGUUUGGUCUGACAAUUUUGUUAAAUCCAGAACUUGAUGAUUAUUAUUAUCAAACUUCAUUCAUGAAAGGAUUUAAGAUUUUGGUAUCUAAACCUAAAGACUAUCCUGAUCGUCCGAGCGGAAGUCUCACCGAAAUCAUCAUAUCACCACGCACUGAAGUCUGGCUGAAUUUAGAAGCGACUACACUUUACGCUGUGAAGUCCAUACGGAAUUACAAACCGCAAAAACGAAAGUGCCUUUUCGAGAAUGAAGAAGUCUCAGAAUUUGGUGGAUAUUAUUCCUACAGCGACUGCUUCAUAUACUGCCGUGUAAAAGAGAUGGCUGAACUGUGUGAAUGCAUAGCAUUUUUUUAUCCCAUACCAAUUUCAUUAGCUUCAACCAAAAUAUGCAAUCUCGAGAAUUUAGAGUGUCUCCAGAAACACCGAAAAAAAUGGUGGAACGUGGUUCCUCUUCGCAUGAGCUAUAAUAUAUCCAAGAUUUUUAACGAAACUGAAAAUGGCUUAAAUGAAAAUUAUUUAAAAUGUGAUUGUCUCCCGUCGUGUGAAGACUUGACUUAUCAUGUUAAAAGUACACAAGCGCCAUUGCAUUCAUCCUCGAUACGAAUGGGCAGAAAUAUAAAUAUUUCCAUCAAAGAUCACAUGAUACUUCAUAUAUUUUUCAACAAGCCAGGUUUGACUAGAUUACGGCAAGAUGUUCUUGUCUACUGGUAUGAGUUAAUGAGUAAUUACGGAGGAAUAUGUGGUUUCUUUUUGGGAGUCAGUUUAAUAAGUGUGAUUGAAUUCUUAUACUUCUUUUCUGUAAGGCUUUUUGAUUCGAAAUGGAAAAAUGCAAAGAAACAGGAAAUAAUAACGAAUCAACAAUAUUUCCAUUGGAACGAAAUUCAUAUGUCACACAGUGGAAAUAAGUGGUAAAUAAUCUGGAACGAAGAGAAAAAUCUCAACAUUCUAAAUAAAAUUUCAUUUUACAAAAUUUACUUCUUUAUUAUAUAAUCGUUACAUAAACUACACUUUGUUAAACUCGAUUAUAGAAACUCGAAUAAUAUAAAUAAGAAAAACGUUA